CAAUGUUAACUCCUGCUAUUUUCACGCUAACUGUAUGGAUACAGUAAUUGGGUUUCCAACCAACUGACUGCCGACGUGUAUUGGAGGGGCGUCGGUUGAACGGCUUUACUUUUCAAAACCUGGCAACUCUGUGAACUGUAGAGCCAUGUCUCCAUCAGUGCCCCUGCAGGAGAUGAUCCGGGCCAUCAGGUCAGCCAGGACGCAGUGUGAGGAGCGGGGGGUCAUUCAGAGGGAGUGCGCGGCCAUCCGGGCACAGUUCAGACAAGCCGACAACGGAGGGCGAUCGCACAACCUGGCCAAACUGCUCUACGUGCACAUGCUGGGCUACCCGGCUCACUUUGGUCAGAUGGAGUGCGUUAGGAUGAUUGCUAGCCCGCGCUACAGUGAAAAACGCGUAGGAUACCUGGGAGCCAUGAUGCUGCUGGAUGAGAAGCAGGACGCCAGCCUGCUCAUCACCAACUCUAUUAAGAAUGAUCUGUCAAACAGUAACCAGUACAUACAGUCUCUAGCUCUCUGCACACUAGCCUGCAUGGGGUCAGCUGAGAUGUGCAGGGAUCUGGCGCCAGAGAUUGACAGGCUGCUCCGAGCUUCCAACUCCUACAUUAAAAAGAAGGCUGCUUUGUGCGCUGUUCACAUCGUGAGAAAAGUCCACGAUCUGGGAGAGCUCUUUACCAAAGCCGCUCGCUCGCUGCUCACUGAGAAGAACCACGGCGUCGUACACGGCGCUGUGGUGCUCAUUACUGAGCUGUGUGAGCGGAACUCGGAAACACUUGAGCGCUUCAGGAAGACGGUACCAGAUCUGGUUCAGAUCAUGAAAGGUCUCGUCAUUUCGGGUUAUUCUCCAGACCACGAUGUGGCAGGAAUCAGCGAUCCCUUCCUACAGGUACGCAUCUUAAGGUUGCUGAGAAUCCUUGGUCGCAACAAUGAAGCAGCGAGCGAUGCCAUGAACGACCUCCUAGCUCAGGUGGCGACCAACACAGACAGUACAAAGACUGUGGGCAAUGCUGUGUUGUAUGAGACUGUUCUCACUGUGCUGGACAUCAAGUCAGAGAGUGGCCUCAGAGUUCUGGCCGUGAACAUUCUGGGAAGAUUUCUUCUGAACAAUGACAGAAACAUUCGCUAUAUCGCCAUGACCUCUCUUCAGAAGAUUGUUGGGACAGACCACAAUGCAGUGCAGCGCCACCGAGGGACUAUAGUAGACUGCCUGAAAGACCAGGAUGCUUCUGUUAAGCGCCGUGCUUUGGAGCUUUCUUUGGCUCUGGUGUCAGCCUCCAACAUCCGCUCUAUGAUGAAGGAACUGCUCAGCUUCCUCUCCUCCUGCCCCCCCGAGCUCAGGUCUCAAACUGCCAGCGGUAUAUUCAAUGCUGCUGAAAGGUAUGCUCCUUCCCAGCGCUGGCACAUUGACACCAUCCUGCAUGUCCUCACCACGGCAGGGGGCGACGUGAGAGACGAAACGGUGCCCAACCUGAUUCAGCUCAUUACCAACACUUCAGAGCUCCACUGUUACACCGUUCACAAGCUCUACCGGGCUCUGCUCAGUGACAUCUCGCAGCAACCUCUGGUCCAGGUGGCGUGCUGGUGUAUCGGAGAGUAUGGAGACCUGCUGCUGACAGGAGAAUGUCAGGAGACCGAACCUGUGCAGGUCACAGAGGACUAUGUCCUGGACGUCUUGGAAACAGUGCUACAGUCCCACAUGUCGUCCCCGUCAACAAGGGGCUUUGCUCUGACCGCUACAAUGAAACUCAGCACGCGCAUCACUGAGAAUGUGGAUCGAAUCAGAAGCAUCGUCAGCAUCUACGGCAGCUGUAUAGACGUGGAGCUCCAGCAGAGGGCAGUUGAAUACAACGCUCUUUUCAAAAAAUAUGACCACAUGAGGGCAGCAGUGCUUGAGAGGAUGCCUGUGAUUGAAAAGAAUUCACAGGGUCACACCAACGGGGAGACCAUCAAGGAGAGUCAAACAGUCAAAGUCAAGCCAGGAGAGCCACAGCAGCCUGCUAACCAGGUGUGUGAUCUGUUGGACCUGCUGGGUGGCUCUGAGCAGCCUCUGCAGCCCAGCCCGGCAUUAGGCAGCGCAGCUCCUCCCAUUCCUGUCAGCACACCCAACACUGUUGGAGGAGACCUCCUGGAUCUGCUUGGAGGGUUAGAGCCCACUCCCAUCACGCCAGUUGCCACAGUGACUGUGUAUGAGAAGGACGGUGUGACUGUAACACUGAGUUGUGAGAAACAGUCCGAUUCAGGCCUGACCGUCACACUCACCGCCUCCAACUCCACUGAGUCAGACAUCAGAGGCUUCACCCUGCAGGCUGCAGUGCCCAAGAGUGUCCAGUUACACAUGAAGGCCCCCAGCGGGGACUCUCUUCCUGCAAGAGGCACAGCUAAAGUGACCCAGAUGGUGGUCCUCAACAACCCCAAUAAGGUCAAUCUAAAAAUGAGGCUCCGCAUCUCUUACACCAGCCAAGGAUCAGCUGUUCAGGAUACGGUCCAGAUCGACUCCUUCCCUGGACUCGGUCAGUGAUCUCAGCCAAUCAAUGCAACAGGACUGAGACACCAGUCUGUGGGUGAAUGAGCGGGCGUCGUUUCUCUCUGACGCAGCCUUUCUACUGACACACCCUACACACUGCCGGUCCUCGGUUACCCUGAUCUCUUGUUUCUAUGUGUAAGAAACACGGUUCUCUCAGAAGCCUCGUGUAUGGAGUUGCAUCUGUCCAUUCCUCAGGAAUAGAUCAAGGAGAUUAUUGGAGUGGACACUGGAAUAUGCAGGUACAAAAUGGAAAAACAUAAAAUACUUUUUUUUAAUGUUGCAUCGACAACUGUCUAUUAGAUAUCAUUCAGGGUUUUUGUUUACAAGCUGCUACAGCUGAUUGUAUUCAGUGUUUCACUCCACAGUAAUAUAAACUUUGAGGGGCUUCUGUCAGUCAUCCACCAGAUCAACACACAC